UUCUACGCGGCCAUUGCAGGCUCCCUCGUCGGCCUCUUCUCAAUGCUCUUCGUCCCCUGCAUCAUCGCCAUGUUCGUCGUUCGCUGCCGCGAAAAGCAUCAGGAGCGUCGUGACGCCCUCGCUGAAGCAGGCGAUGACGAUGACGAGUGCGAUACCGACUAUCUCAUCUACGGCCCGUUCCCCUUCGACUCUGCUCUCUAUCACGUCGAUGAGCUUGGUGAGUCUUCUGGUUACCGCGAGCCUCAGGACGGAGCCCAGGAACUUGACAGCACUGCUCAACUCAACGCCAACCAAGAAGAGGACGCCCCCAUUACCGCCACCCAGCAGGAGCUGUACAACAGUCUUGACGAUCUCCGCGAGCCUCAAUACGAAGGCAAAGGCAAGGCUCCCGUGUACUCUCAGCUCCAGACCGUCCUCGCCGAGCAGCAACCCCAGCAGCUCCCCGAGAACGCUCUGGCCAAGCUUCCAGGCCACUUCCAGGAAGAUCUUCCCGAGGCUACUGUCCAGCUUCAAGCUGAGCAAAAAGCCGCUGAGGAGUCCCAAGACGCCCCAGACGUUGUCCCC